GAGUUCCGCGAUGCAAAUAAUGUGAAAUUAUAGUCAAAUACACCUAAAAAUCUGUGCAUGAAUAAGAAAGCAACGAUCAUAUAAUUAUAAGGAAAAUAAUUUGAAUUAUCUUGAUAUCGAUUCGAUAUUUCGAAUUAUUAUGAUAAUCGAAGUAUCGAUUAUUUUUAAUUUGAAAUACCCCAUCUCCCCAUCACAACUCAAAAGGACAAUACAAAAUAUUAAAAAACAGGAAGAUCUAUCUCAUCUUUGAUAUCUCAAACAAAUGGCAGUGGCAAAUAAAGAACAUUCCGAGGUUGAGACAACUUUUAGGCAUGACGUGAUAAAGGAGGUCUUGAAAUCCAAAUUUGUCAACCCAAAAAAUAAGAUUUCUGACGAAGCUGUGGAACUCGUUUCAGAAAUAGCUAAAAUGUUGGUAAUUGAAACAGCUGCUAGGAGUGCUAAACAAGCAAAAGCAGAAAAUCGAUCUGCUGUUACUCUAGAACAUGUUGAGACGAUCCUGCCACAAUUGAUGCUGGACUUUCCAUGAAUAAAGAACAGAAAUUGGAUAAUAUUUCAAAAGACUCAAACUACUUGUAAAUAUUUCAUCUCAAUUGAAGUGAAACCAUGAGUUCAAGGAAAUUAACUUUACCAUAUACAGAUUGAAUAUGAUUUACAGCAGUCAUCUUCAGUAAAUACCAAAUAAAAUAUUUGACCUUAUAGUUAAACAUGCUUAAGAAAACAUUUUAAUUAUUAUAUAAAGAUGAACACAAUGUAAUAUAAAACUAAACAUUC